AUGGACCGCAAGCGCGACGACGGUCGCCGUCCGCCAAGAGACGACAUUAGAAAUCACAAAUCACGAUAUGGUAUGGCAUUUUCGAUCUCGAACCAAGACAUCGGCGCUAACAACUGCUCAGAGCAAGAACGAUCACGCUCUCCGCCACGUCGCGACCGUCGGGAUGAUCGCCGACGCGAUCGCUCACCACAGACACAGAGAAUUCAUGGUCCCUCUUCACGCGGAGGUCCUCCCGCAAGAGCAGACCGCGACCGCGAAAUCCAGCAGCGAGGUCGCGGAGGUGCAAGACCGCCUCGCGAUCCUCCAGACAACAAAUCUGGCAACACGGUAGUUUCCAAAAGGGAAGAGAAGAAGGAUAUCAAAAUGGAAGAUAUCCCUGAGGAUGAGGACGAGGAAGCGGCAAUGCAGCGGCUCAUGGGUUUCAAGGGCUUCAAGACGACGAAGAAUACCAAGGUUCCCGGCAAUGACAGGAAUUAUGGUGUUUCGAAGGUGAAGAAGGUCGAGUACAGGCAGUACAUGAACCGUGUUGGAGGCUUCAACCGACCGCUCUCACCCAGUCGGACGUGA